GUAGUAGUAGUAGUAUGAAUUAUUAAUUAGAGCACCACUGUAUUUGUAUUAUUGUCAUUAUUGUUGUAGCCUAGCUUUAAGCGUUUACAGGUUAAUCACAACAACAUCUGACCAGUGACACUGUGAGUUCUAUACUCUAUUAAUACUCAUUACGGAGCAAACAUCCACUAGAUAGCAGAGUACGUGGCGACGACAGAAAGUAACAUUACCAUACAAAUCAAAACAACAUACCUUACAGAGAGAUAGGUUCCGAGGUAAGUUUUCAUAUAAGUUGAUCUAGAGUCUAGACUCAUAGUUCGCACUGCAAGCGUGUUCUUGAUAAACAAUGCCCGUGUGACGUAUGUGAAAAUUAUUCAAUCAAAAUAUUCAACUGUUGAUUCACAAGCAGACGCACACAGGAGAAAAUCCAUACACCUGUAGCGUAUGCGAUAAAUCAUUCAUUCAGGGCGUUCAUCUGAAAACACAUCAGCGGACUCACACAGGAGAGGAGUCAUAUCAUAUAAAGUUACCUGUCUUACUAACCUCUGUUUCCUGUUGGCACACCGUCUUGUUGCAAGUUCACAAGUAAGGCUGUAUGUAAAUAUAGAUCCCUAAUCAAUAAUCACCAUACAGCAAAUUACUUACAGAGAUAUGGGUUCCGGGAUAAGCUUUCAUAUCAGUUUAUCUAGAGUCUAGACUUAGAGUUCUCACUUGUUCAAGUCUCUGGUUAUCUUAGCUUUUUUUAUAUGUUUUAGAUUUAUUGAUUACAGUAGAAAAUAUUCACUUGUGAGACAUAUUGUUCUAAAUAGAUGGUUACCCUGGUAUAACAGUCGCAGUUAACUGUGAUUGCAUCUGUUUAAUAAUUAAUUAAUUUAAAUAAUUAAAUGUUAAUACAAACAAUGCUGGCUGCUGACUACACACAGAUUACAAUAAUAGCAUAGUAACAAAAUAAAACAUAAUUUGCUUAUAACAAAUAAUUGCAAUAAAUUCAAAAGUCGAUAACCUACUGAUCCGUGUAUAUAUUAUUUAAUAGGCCCACCAGAAAAUAUAUUUCAGAACGGUGACAUUUGCGGUGAAGUCGACGGCACUCGAUGAACAAAAUCACGUAUGGUAGGUGCAAGCGUGUGCUUGAUAAACGAUACCCGUGUGACGUAUGCGGCAAAUUAUUCAAUCAAAAUAGCCAACUGAUGAUUCACAAGCGGACGCAUACGGGAGAGAAGCCUUACCCGUGUGACGUAUGCGAUAAAUGGUUCAGUGACAAUGGCCAACUAACGAUUCACAAGCGGACGCACACGGGGGAGAAGCCUUACCCGUGUGAUGUAUGCGAUAAAUCGUUCGCUCAGAGCAAUAACUUAACGAUUCACAAGCGGACUCACACAGGGGAGAAGCCCUACCCGUGUGACGUAUGUGACAAAUGGUUCAGUCGAAAUCAGCAACUAACGGUUCACAAGCGGACGCAUACGGGAGAGAAGCCUUACCCGUGUGACGUAUGUGACAAAACGUUCAGUCGAAGUCAGCAACUAACGGUUCACAAGCGGACGCAUACGGGAGAGAAGCCUUACCCGUGUGACGUAUGUGACAAAACGUUCAGUCGAAAUCACCAUCUGACUCUGCACAAGCGGACUCACACGGGGGAGAAGCCGUACCCAUGUGAUGUAUGCGACAAAUGGUUCGCUGGUAGUAGUGAACUGACAGUUCACAGGCGUACGCAUACGGGAGAGAAGCCCUACCCGUGUGAUGUAUGCGAUAAAUCGUUCGCUCAGAGCAAUAACUUAACGAUUCACAAGCGGACUCACACAGGGGAGAAGCCUUACCCGUGUGACGUAUGCGACAAAUGGUUUGCCGGUAGUAAUGAACUGACAGUUCACAGGCGUACGCAUACGGGAGAGAAGCCCUACCCGUGUGACGUAUGUGACAAAACGUUCAGUCAAAAUCAGCAACUAACGGUUCACAAGCGGACGCAUACGGAAGAGAAGCCCUACCCGUGUGAUGUAUGCGAUAAAUCGUUCGCUCAGAGCAAUAACUUAACGGUUCACAAGCGGACGCAUGCGGGAGAGAAGCCUUACCCGUGUGACGUAUGUGACAAAACGUUCAGUCGAAAUCACCAUCUGACUCUGCACAAGCGGACUCACACGGGGGAGAAGCCUUACCCGUGUGGCGUAUGUGGCAAAUGGUUCGGUGACUCAUCCAAUUUGACUAAACACCAAAGAAUUCACGUGAUAAGAAAGCUAUAAAAAAUGAAAUACCUCCUCCGCUCGGAUUUUCUUUAUAUCGAUGUAAUUAUGUACCAUAUUUUUUUUAUGAAGUAAUUUAUCAAUAAUAAAUUGCAAUUGUUUUUUCAAUGUCAGUAACAAAAACAUUGUGGGUUUUGAUUUUCCAUUUGAAUACACACUAAAU